UUGUUUGUUGGUUGUGUCCCGAGCCAGAAUGUCUGGACGCGGAAAACAGGGCGGCAAGGCGCGGGCCAAGGCCAAGACUCGCUCUUCCCGAGCCGGUCUUCAGUUUCCAGUGGGUCGUGUGCAUCGGCUGCUACGAAAAGGCAACUACUCGGAGCGGGUGGGCGCCGGUGCGCCGGUCUACCUGGCCGCUGUGCUCGAGUACCUGACGGCCGAGAUCCUGGAGCUGGCUGGCAACGCCGCCCGCGACAACAAGAAGACGCGCAUUAUCCCUCGUCACCUGCAGCUGGCCAUCCGCAACGAUGAGGAGCUCAACAAGCUGUUGGGCCGCGUGACCAUCGCUCAGGGCGGCGUCCUGCCCAACAUCCAGGCGGUGUUGCUGCCCAAGAAGACCGAGAGCCACCAUAAGGCCAAGGGAAAGUGAGAAGCCUAGAAUUUUUGCAGUACUUCUUAUUCUCCGAAAUCAAAGGCUCUUUUCAGAGCCACCCACUAAUUCUUUUAAAAGUGCUGGAAUACGUUAAGCCUAAAUGUUUAGCCUUCAUUUUUCAUUUUACUGUAUUUCCGGAGCUACAAUUAAUAGAUCCCAACACUAGAGGAAACUGCUCGUUUUUGACUCUGCAACAGUGCAUUGUGUUUAAUUAUAUUUUAUGAUUCAAACACUAAAAGUAGGAGGAAAAACUCGGUUCCUGGUACCCCAAUUCCU